AUGACAGCAGCAGAGGAGCUGUCACGGAAACGGCGACCGUUCUCAAAGUCAUUAGCGGCCAGGUCCCAACUUGGGCAGCGAGGAGAUCCUUGUGGAGUUGUAGAACAUCACCUUGGUGCAGAGCGCUCCGUAAGGUCUCCUGCCAGAGCCUUCCCGGUGGGAGACCUUUUAAAAAAGGGACUGUCAGCUGAGGUUGGAAGGCGCAGGCAGGCGCCCUGGAGAGAAUUCAUAGGCAGGCACAGGACCGAACGCUCCAAGGGAAGAAGAAGCACCCCCAGAAAGGAGUGCUCUGUGGGCUCCAGGCAGCCGAGGAAAUGCGGACGUGAGCACCGUGAUUGCACUCCCACGUGCACCAACGCUGCCAGUGUGAACAGAAGCGGAGCCCGCAGAACGCCAGGCUGUGCCGGGAGAUGGAUCACCAUGAAAAACAGAGCCAGAGCAUGGCGGGAACUUUCCGAGAGGGCAUGUUGUUUCCAGGCGGUUCCACCUUCUAAUAUGAAACAGUCUUGGUUGAUUUUCCUUGAUACUACUUUAUCCUCGGCCUGGUUGUUGGCAAGUAGCUACCCACGUCUGUACGCGCUCUUGAUUAGUUUCCACUGCAUGUGUUUUAACACAGUGCUCCUUUUACCAAGUUUAUUUGGGCCAACCCUGUCUGUAAAGAUCCAGUUUAAUACGAAUUUGAGUCUAGGUGCUAUAGCCUGGAAAUGUACUAAAGGCACUACAACAGAUUACUGAAAGAAUCUUUAUUCUGAAUGCAAAGCAGACACCUAGUAAAAAAUUCUGGAAUAAUAAAACAAGCAAGGCUCAUGUGCUCAGUUUUGGGGACGCUCCAAUUUAAAGGCUUAGUCAUUGUCAUGGUGUAAGGUUUACCCAUUGCCCCCAUCACACAGAUGUGGGAAUGUUGAGAGCUGAGAGUCCUAUGACCUCUUCUGCUGCCCAAGAACUUGGGGUGGGUGUUUUGGAGAAAUCAAAGUGAUCAGCUGCAAAGAAUUCCAUUGCCGGAGCUUGGUUCUGCGGGAUUCUUCACGGAGGUCUUAAGGCAGAGACAAAAACAAGGACUGUGGGAGGCUCCUGUGAGUAGCCCAAAGGGUUUUGGAGUCAGGCAACCUCAGGUUACAAAUCCAGUCCUGCAGGCUAGGAGUUGUGUAAACUUAAAAAAGUGACUGCACCUCCAGGCACCUCAUUUCCUUACCUGCACCUCCUUCUGACGGGUUUUCUGAGGACAAUGCAGUCCAUACCCUGUGUCGAACACUUUUCUAAUUAAUGAUGUACAGACACUGUUUCUUUUACAGGAAUAAAAAUACCAGAAGAACCCAAGUCAUAUUCAUUUAAAGCGGGAUGACAAGUGCAUCAAAAUCUGAAAAAUCAUCACUAAAGAACUUAUCCAUGUAACCAAAAACCAUUGAAAUAAAAUUAAACUAUUGAAACAAAAUUUAAAAAUCAUAAAAUUAAAAAGUCCAAAAAA